AUUAAGAAAAUCAUUAAUUUCUUAUAUUUUCUAAACAAAAACAUCAUUAAUUAUUUACCUAACUACAAUUCAACCAAUAGAAAAAUAGAAAAUAUAUUAUCAUUGGUCAGACAUCAUUAAUUAUUAAUAAAUUUUACAUAGAAAAUCGAAAACGACAUAUAAUUUGGAACAAAAAAAUUUCUUUAAAACGACUUAUAUUAAAAACCGGAGGGAGUAAUAAAUAGCUAAAACAUGCCUCGUAACUGACACGUGUCAGUCUAUACUAAAAUAUAUUGACUUAUUUUCUUAAGUUAUUAUAUUUUAGUCCUUAUCAUUUUAUUUGUUUGUAAAGUGCCUUAAAUAAUUAAAAUUAUCAAGUUGACCAUAUUUAUAACUUCAAAAAUUUAAUAUAAGGGGAUAUAAAAAAAAUAUUUUUUAGUUUAUUUAAAUAAUUAUUUAUCAUAUAUAUAUAGAACAAAGAUAUAAGAGUCUUUUGCCACUUAAUGAAUAAUGUUUUUUUUUAAAUAUCUCUUUAGUGGUGGUAGACAUGAAUAAUUCUUAUACCAAGAAAGUGGGAAAACGUAAUUUGUGGUUUUGAGGAAAAUGUGAUUUACGGUUUUGACGGAAAAACUUAAUUUUGCGAUUUUUUGCAAAAAUCAUGAUUUUACGGUUCUAACAUAGUUUUGGCGAAAAAUGUGAUUUUACGAUUUUGGUGGAAAAACAUAAUUUUACGGUUUUGACGCGAAAACAUGAUAUAUGGUUUUCCGGGAAAAAAAUAUUUCACGGUUUUUGCGGGAAGCGUAAUUUCAUGAUUUUGGGGGAUAUGAUUUUACUACUUUGGCCUGAAAAUGUGGUUUUGCAAAUUUGUAGGAAAAACAUCUUUCUACUUUCCACAUUGGUUUCAGCAUCUUGAUAGACCUGGUGUCAGCUUUUGCUCUUGUACUUCUUAUGAUGAUAAUGCUAUUACCAAUGCUAUUGAGAUCUACAACAAACCCAGUGGUGCCCUUCAUUUUACUGCCUCGAAUAAUGACUGUGGAGUUAGAGAUUUUGACAUGGAGAGAUACCAGCUUGUUAAGCAUUUUUCCUUUCCUUGGCCAGUGAACCACACAUCAUUGAGUCCUAAUGGUAAAUUACUAGCUAUUGUUGGCGGCAAUCCCGAGGGCCUUAUAGUAGACCCCAACACAGGAAAGACGCUGGAAACACUAUCAGGACAUUUUGACUACUCCUUUGCCUCAGCGUGGCAUCCUGACGGAAUCACUUUCUCAACUGGAAACCAAGACAAGACCUGCCGUGUAUGGGACAUCCGCAACCUAUCUCACUCUGUUGCUGUCCUGAAGGGUAACCUUGGAGCAAUCCGGUCGAUCCGCUACACGUCCGACGGAAAAUACAUGGCCAUGGCCGAACCGGCAGACUUUGUGCACGUCUAUGACGUCUCAAAGGGGUAUGAAACAGAGCAGGAGAUCGACUUCUUUGGAGAGAUAUCUGGAAUAUCAUUCAGCCCUGACACAGAGGCGCUCUUCAUUGGAGUAUGGGACCGCACUUAUGGUAGCCUCCUUGAGUAUCAUCGGCGCAGAAACUACACCUAUCUUGAUUCGUUUCUUUAAGCGAAGAAGAGAAGUAUACACAACCCGUUCCAAGGAAUAAAAGAGAGCUCAUACAAAAGCAGAAGCAUAGAAUAUAAUGGAUGUCUUAAAAGGUGUAAAUGAUGUGUUAUGCAAAUGCUAUUGUAGUUACUGUCUUUUUGUUUCCUUUGCCGGCGGCUUGCAUGUUGUUUCCUUGUGAAUUCUGAAGGUUCAAGAUGUGUACAGUAAGUAGUGUUGGUUAGUUGUUUCAAUUAUGAAAACAUCAAUGAAGUUUCUCACAAAAA